AGCGCGUCCGGGGCCGUGCGAGCGCUCGCAACCUACCUCUCCACCACGUCGGGCACCGGAGCCACCGCCGGCACCGUCUCCGCGCACGGGGCCACCAUCUCCAGUCGCGCUCGGCUGCUCAACUCCUCAAUGCGGUCGGGCUGCGCUCAUCGCCCGCCCGCCACCUGGUGGCUCCGGCACGCGGUCCCAGCCGCUUCCUCCUCCCGCUUGCUCGCCGGCGCUGUCGGCGGUGCCUGCGGCGCUGAUAACGCGGGCCCGGCCUGCAGCCCUCCUCCACUCGCGAUAAGGCGCGGCGGGGGCGGAGAACGCACGGGCGGCGAUCACGCGCUCCCAGGGACACAGGACGCCAGCGGCUUGCACAAGACCGGCGUUUCGCUCUGACAGUUCUCGGAAUCGGGAUGACCGUUCACGCUAGCACGCCCAUCAGAUUCUGUCUUCUACAAUUUGAACGUUCCAGUUAAUAGUUGACACAACACCGACAACAAUGUCACGCGAACUCUUUCGCAAGCCCUGUCAGAUGUUCUGGUAACUGUCACAGACUCAACACAAUCACAAUUCGCUGGAUCACUGCAGUUCACAGCCCAAGUCAGCACUAGACUCGGUAAUCUUGCUCGUCCGCCAGAGGAUCGAGAUGCCGACGCACGGCCAGAGGAUGGCCUUUCCAACGCGCCUCUCCCGCGGAGAAGCAGCUCCUCAGAGGGCCGUCGCCGCGUGAGAGAACUUGGUGCACGCGCCGCGGACGAGCUCCUAGCGCGCACUGAAGCGGGCGCGGGAGCGGGC